AUGAAGGUCUUCUACAUCGCCGCGGCCAUUGUUGGCCAACUUCUACCCACAGUCCUUGGUCUUGCACUACACGGAGGUGGCACACAUCAUUGUGAUCAAUCGUUCCCCCUCAAUGUCAACAAUGGUUGCAGCAACAGCAAUGUCUUCAACUGGUACGCUUGUCAGAACCAAGCAAACAUUAAUUCCCAGUGUAUCAACUACAUCGAUUCCACCUUCUAUAACUUUUGUGUUCAAAGAGGUUACAUCAACGCCUUUGUGACCUCGGCAGCGUCGACUACCACUGUCACCAGCGUCACCCUCACCAGUACUACAUACCAAGCCACGUUCACCCAGUCUGUAACUGCCACUUCAACAGUAACCAGCACAACAGGCGGGACCACCGCAACAUCCACCACCACCACCACCACAACUACCACCACCACAGCCGGCAGCGCCACCUCCACGACCACAAGAACCACCGGCCUCGCCGCUUACAGGAACCGAAAGCAGUUACAAGGUAGAGAAGAAGCCGGUAACCCGGGAGGGCAGUAUGGGGCAACAGCCACAAAUAACGCCUUAUCCUCAAGCACAAGCCUGUCAACAUUCACAUCCACCAUCACCACCACAUUCACAUCCACCUUUACCUCUACCUUUACCUCCUCCACCACAUCCACCUUCACAUCCACCCUGUCCCUCCUAAACAUCCCAACCCUCACAACCACCGGAACGACGACUUUCACGACCACAGGGACAACAACCGGAACAACAACCGGUACUUCCACGUUUACUACCACCGGCACGGUGACGAGCGUUGUAGCUGCUACGCAGACGAAUGUUUAUGGGGGCGGCAAUGGUUGGAAUAAUGGCAAUGGCAACAACGGCAACAAUGGAUUUAACGGCAAUGGCAACGGCAAUGGUAAUUUUGGCAACAACGGCUUUAAUGGCAACAACGGCAACAACGGCAACAACGGCUUUAAUGGCAACAACAACGAUAACAACAACAACUGCUACAACAUCAACGCCCGAAACCUGGGAGCCUACCCGGCGAAUAUCCUUCAGUAUGCAUGCCAAUGCCGGUUUGGCGGUGGUGGUAACAAUACGGGGUUUCUGUCGGCUACGCCUUCUACUGUUACUGUGACCAUCACAUCGACCUUCUCAUACCCAACAUACAACGCUGUUUCCACCAGCACGGUAUCUACCACCACGGUAACUGUUACGACUGCAGCUAGUCCUACUACUACUACGACGACGACUACCAGUACCAGUACUUCAACUGUGGGGGGUGUUAGUACUCUAACAGUCAUUACCCUGCCAAACGGGUCCACUAUCACUCUCUCUCCGACAUCAACCUCAACAACUAGUUCUUCUACCUCUACUACCAGUAGCACUAGUAGCACUAGUAGCACAUCAAGCACCUCCCUCUCCACCUUCACUUCAACCUUCACCUCAACCUUCACUUCCACCAUCGUAAUCGGCGGCACCUCAACCAGCACAACAACAGGAACGACUACAGGAACAACCACCUCCACUGGAACUUCCACCUCCACCACGACCUCUACUGGAACCUCCACUUCAACCGUGACUUCCACGUUUACGUCAACCUUCACCUCCACCACGACGCUGGGUGGGAGCACGACAACGACAACGGGGACUACAACGGUGACGACCACGGGGACAGUGGGGGCCAAUACGGGGACGAGUACUUCUAGCACGUCUAGCACUAGCAGCACCACCACCAGCUGCAUCACAAACCUCAGCGUCACCACCCUUACCGUAGCCGGCACCACAAUCACGUACACCUACGCGGCCAACGCCACGGGCACAUCUAGCACAUCUUGUCCCACGUCGUCGUCGACCACAACGACAUCAUCUUGUCCCACGUCGUCGUCGACCACAACGACAUCAUCUUGUCCCACGUCAUCGACCACGUGGAAAUGGGCAAAUGUAGGCGCGGCGGUGGCUAGUCCUACUGCUACUGCUGGUGGGAUGAAUGGUAGUGGUGGUGGGUUUGCGGUGUUUAGGAAGCCCGGUGGUUAUGGUCAGUAG